AUACAUAGUUUUGCUUGCAGAGCUUUCAAACCUAAAGAGAAACCAGGUUUAGCCAGCAAUGGGCAGUCAUGCGGUAGGGAACGGAGACAUCCCUCUCCUACAAGACUUUAAGCUCACCAUCCUUAGCUCCUCCAUCCUCCACCCCUCCGGUCCGAUGGAGAGCCGCUCCACACUGUUCCUCUCCAACAUCGACCAAAUCCUCAACUUCAACGUCGAAACCAUCCACUUCUUCGCCGCAAAUCCCGACUUUCCGCCGGAGACUGUAGCGGAGAAGCUCAGGUCUGCGGUCAAGCGAGUGCUCGUGCCUUAUGAUUUUUUGGCCGGCAGGCUGAUCAGGUUGGAGGGGAAGGAAGGGAGGUUGGAGAUUGAUUGUAAUUCUGCUGGUGUGGAGUUCUUGGUGGCUGAAAGUGAGCUGAGGUUGGACCAAAUUGGAGAAUUGGAGUAUCCAAAUCCGGCUUUCCGGCAGCUCGCGGCUGCCGGAGCGGUGCGAGAGGGGCUGAAGAUGGAGGACCGGUUUCUGUGCUCAUUUCAGCUGACAUUCUUCAAAUGCGGCGGCUUCGCUCUCGGCAUUUCCAACAACCACGUCACCUUCGACGGCAUAAGCUUCAAAAACUUCCUCCAAAACCUCGCAUUCCUCGCCGCCGGCGACCACCACCGCCUCCCGCUUCCCAUCCCACCUUUCACCAAUCGCCACCUCCUCUCCACCCGCUCCCCUCCACGUGUCACCUUCUCCCACCCCGAACUCAUCGAAACACCUUUCUUCUCCACCAUCCUCGAAGCCGAACCCUCUCCCUCCAACCUCCGCUUCAAACUCCUCCGCCUUUCCGCCGCCGAUAUCUCCUCCCUGAAGCUCCUCGUACAACCCCGCGCCACCCGCGCCACAAGCUUCAACGUCGUCGUCGCCCAUCUCUGGCGCUGCAAGAUGCGAUCUUUAUUACCGGAAAGUUCGCCGGAGGACCUCAAGAGGGCUUCCAUGGUGCUUUACGCCGUCGACAUAAGAAAAAAAGUUUCGCCGCCGCUUCCGCCGGGGUAUGCCGGAAAUGCGGUUUUGACUGCGUACGGAGCGGCGGCGCGGGAAGAAGUGGCGGGCGGGGAGUUUGGGAAGUUGGUGGAGGCGGUGGCGAAGGGUGCGGAGAGAAUGGAUGAUGAGUACGCGAGGUCUGUUAUUGAUUGGGGUGCGGUGUACCGCGGGCUUCCGAAAGGGGACAUGUUUGUGUCGUCUUGGUGGAGAUUGGGUUUUGCUGACGUGGACUUUCCGUGGGGGAAGGCGCUGUACACGUGUCCCGUGGCAGACCCCAAGAGAGAUGUGGCACUGCUGCUUCCGAGCAUUGGUGGGGCGGAGGACGGGGUGAAUGUUUUGGUCGCGUUGCAGGGUGAAGAGAUGGACAGGUUUGAAGAGUACUUUUAUAAGCUGUUGCCCAAAGAUGAGUGAUGAUACAUAUAUCAUACAUACAUACAUAUAUAUAUAUCAAUAUAUAUAUAUAUAUAUAUUAUUAAGUACGUGUGAAGUGAUAGUGGUAUAUAUUGUUGUAUUGAGUAAACGUUGGAGGGGGGUAAAUGUGAAAGAGUGGUUUUUAAGGGGUACAUAUGGAAAUAUAUGAAUAUGGUAUAUAUGCAAAUAUGUGUGGAAGGAUGAAAGUGUAU